AUGCAGUUAUCAGCAGCUCUUCUCGUCUUUGCCAGCGCCCUGAGCGCCGCUUCCGCCCACUCCUUCAGCGAUGGUAACGGCAUCGGCCUUCAAACCCGCUCCGCCAAGGGUCUCCUCCACCACCUCGUCCGCAGCCUCGACGAGGACGAGGCUAGAGAGAUUGUCGCCCGCUACUACGAUGACGAGCUCGAAGGGCGUUCGCUCUCCAAGCGUAGCGAUUAUAAUUGCUCUGAAUGCGGCAAAGCCUACAAGACAGCGGAUGGGCUCGCGAGGCACCAGGCCUUGAAGCAUGCAGGAGCAGCUAGGAAGGCCUCGGCCAAGAAGGCCCCGGCCAAGAAGGGUCGCAAAUAG